GAGCCAGGAUCGUCCUUGGGGCGCGCGCCGCGGGCUUCCUCGCGGAAGUCGCUGCACUGGCCGCUAGGAUCCAGGACAGACGCCAGCUCGACGAGGUCAAUGGCCUCGUCUACCAAAAGCUGGCGUCCAAGUUCCGCGCCUACAGCAGCUGGCCUGCGAAGCGCCUGGCCGUGCGGGACAUGCUGGCGUACAUUCGCAGCUCGCGCCCCGGCCGCUCCCCGUCCUGGACCACGCUGUGGAAUCUCCACACCGCGCCUCCGCCUCAGUCGCUCAGCUUGGAGCUCGGCCGCGAUCUA